GCCGGUGAGGGAUGACACUCACGUGGAUAAGGAAAAUCGCGUCCUCCAUUCACGGUUGUCAUUCACGCAAGAUUCUGUCACCGAGCUGUUACGGUAGCAGGUGGAGGCAAAUUUGACAAUAAAUAUAUAUUAUUAAAAAAUGCGCGAUUAGAGCCAUUAAUCAGCCACUCAAUUUUCUGAUCAGUACAACGGCCGUUUCCCCCCGGAUUUUCCACUUCUUCUUCAACUUUGCUUCCAGAACUGAAGUCAAUUCGAAGAAAUUUUGGGCUCUCAGGGAUUUCGGUAGAACAAUCGUCAUUUCGAGGCUGUGAGAGAUACAGGAGUUGCAGAAUCGUAGCUGUUUGAUGGGGGUGGACUACUACAAUGUGUUGAAGGUGAACAGAAAUGCCAAUGAAGAGGACCUGAAGAGGUCCUACAAGAGCUUGGCUAUGAAAUGGCAUCCUGAUAAGAAUCCUUCCAACAAGAAAGAGGCGGAGGCAAAGUUCAAGCAGAUCUCUGAGGCUUAUGAUGUUUUAAGCGACGCUAAGAAGCGUCAGAUCUACGAUCUCUACGGUGAGGAGGCUCUCAAUUCCGCCGAUUUUGUUCCUCCGCCCGAUUCCAAUCCCUCUUUUUCUUAUUUCCCUCGCGAUGCCGAUGACAUUUUUGCCGAGUUUUUCGGCGGAGCUGGGAGUGCUAAGAGCGGAGGGUUUAAGAGAGAGAGUUUGUUUAGGAAUGGGAAGGCGGAGGCUGGGAAGAAAUCGAAUAGGAAAGCACCGCCAAUUGAGAGCAAGUUAAUGUGUAGCUUGGAGGAGAUUUACAAGGGUUCGCGAAGAAAGAUGAGGAUUUCCCGCACUGUCCCCGAUGAUUUUGGGAAGCCAAAAACUGUUGAUGAAGUGUUAAAAAUAGAUAUUAAACCUGGUUGGAAGAAGGGGACAAAAGUCACUUUCCCUGAGAAAGGCAAUCAAGAACCUGGAGUUUCUCCUGCUGAUCUUAUAUUUAUCAUCGAUGAGAAACCUCAUCCUGUAUUUGAGAGGGAUGGUAAUGAUUUGGUAAUCAAUCAGAAAAUAUCUCUAUUAGAAGCACUCACUGGAAAGACAUUGAACGUUACAACUUUGGAUGGAAGAAAUCUCACUUCUGUAACUGAUAUUGUCAAACCCGGUUACGAGGUAGUGAUCCAGAAUGAAGGAAUGCCCAUCUCUAAAGAACCAAACAAGAAGGGGAACCUAAGGAUCAAGUUUGAUAUCAUUUUCCCAUCAAUGCUUACUUUUGAACAGAAAUCUGAUCUAAGAAGGGCUUUGGGUGGUUUUGAUUAAGAAGUUGCGUUCUGGAGCAGCCACCACGACGAACCUUCUACACCGUGGAUCGAUAAUGAGAGCACAAAAACAUGUAAAUACCUGUCUUAAUCUCCGGAAAGGAGAAUUGUGCAUACUAGGAUUUUGAAGAACUGUUUGAUUGAUUCCUGGAAAUAUGAUUUAGGAAGAGAAAUCUGGCAUUCUUCAUCCACUGCCCGUGUAGCCAAAAGUUACUUUGAUUUUAUUAUAAUAAUGUUGCAUUAUGUGAUCACACAUUUUUACGGGAAGUUAAUGUAAGAUUAUUUGUAUGUUAUUAGCUUUGAAUUUGGUGCAUUCUUUGCGUCCACUGGUGUUGAAUAAGUUAUGCAAUUGUCCCUUUUCUUA